AUGGCUUCCACCAACAGCUCCAUGACUCUCACUUCCCUCCUGUUUGAUAUGGACGGAGUGCUGGCGGAGGUCUCUUGCUCCUACAGGCAGGCUAUCGUGGAUACGGCCGCUGCCUUCGGCGUGGCUGUGACCUUGGACGAGAUCACGGCGGCCAAGAUAAAGGGCGACGCCAACAACGACUGGAAGUUGACCCUCAGCCUCAUCCAGGCGAAGACGUCUGAUGCCCCUACCCUCGAGGUCGUGACGGCCAAGUUUGAGGAGGUUUACCAAGGCAAACAAGGCGUGCCGGGGCUGAAGGACGUGGAGACUCUCAUCCCGGCUAAAGGCGUGUUGGAGGAGCUCGCACGACGUCUGCCGAUGGGCAUGGCCAUCGUCACGGGCAGGCCAAGAGGCGACUGCGACUAUUUCCUUCAGAAACAUGGGCUGGCUCACCUCUUCAAGGCUACGUAUUGCAUGGAAGACGGACCGUCCAAGCCGGACCCUUUCCCGGUCACGCGGGCCGCCCAGCUUCUAGGCGUCGACCCCAAGGACACCGGGCUGGUAGGGGACACUCCAGAUGACAUUUUGGCGGCGGUGAGGGCCGGAGCGAGAGGUAUCGGCGUCCUUACACCCAAGGAUCACGCGCACGCCAUCCUAGACCCGGCCAGCGGCGCAGGCGCCGUGGGAGCGCCGCCAAGUCUGACGGCGGCGAUGCUGGAGGCCGGGGCGUCCAACGUCCUCGAGCCUGGGUUCGCGCAGCUGUUGGAUAUUGUGCCUCCCCCUCUCGCUGCCCACCAAACCCCGAGAGGCUUGGCUGGGGCAGGGGUGGCGGGAAGCGAGGAGAAGCGCGACGCAACGGGAGUCAGGCGCGCCGAAAUCUCGAGGAAAACCAACGAGACAGCGAUCACGGUGGAUAUCUCCUUGGACGGCACCGGCAAGGCCGAGGUGGACACUGGCCUGGGUUUCCUUGACCACAUGCUCCACGCCAUGGCCAAGCACGGCCACCUGGACCUCAAGCUCACGUGCAAGGGCGACCUCCACAUCGACGACCACCACACGGCGGAGGACUGCGCCAUCGCCUUGGGCGAGGCCUUCGACAAGGCGCUCGGUGCACGCAAGGGUAUUCGGCGAUGGGGGACGGCCAUGUGCCCGCUCGAUGAGUCUCUCAGCAGGGCGGUGGUAGAUAUCUCCAGCCGACCCCACGCCGACAUCCAGCUGCACUUUACGAGGGAGAUGAUCGGGACAAUCUCGACUGAGAUGCUGGAGCACGUGCUAGAGUCCUUCGCGCAGGGAGCGAGGAUCACCCUGCACGUGGACGUGCUCAAGGGCACCAACAACCACCACAUGGCCGAGAGCGCCUUCAAGGCCACUGGAGUGGCGUUGCGAACAGCCAUAUCGGCGGAUGCAAACGCCGGUAUUCCGAGCACGAAGGGAAUGCUCGCGUGAUGAUGGCACAACUUUAAACGAAGAGUCCGAGGAUCACAGCCGCCAACCUUCGGGAGAGCUUGACACGCACAUCGAUCCAUCUGCCACCAUGGCGUACGUAUGAUGUAGUCUUGGCGCUGGGCAUGUUUGGUUUCGUGUGUCGUGUUACCCUAUUUGGUGUGUGUUCCCCGCCCCCUACGGUUUGAGAUGGGCAUAACCCCCCGUCCUUUCGGUGUGGUACUCGCCUGUCUUGACGGCCAGCAUGGGCUGAGGGUCGCCAGUACUAUCUUGCGCGCAUUUGUGAAGGUAUCGUUGCUGUCGACGCGCGUUGGCGUUCUCAUAUGCUGAAGACUUCGUGAGCACGGCGAGGGUUCGUAGUUCCGCUCGCGGUAGACAUUACUGCCGGGAGAAGCGAGUAGAGCAGAGUAGGUGCUGGGGAAACGGCAUUCUAAUGGUGGCCACGGCGGCACCUACCGGCUACUUAAUAAUAGUCUUGUGUUGGCGGCGGUGGGCCUCUUUUUGGGGUGGGCACUUUUUAUCGACUGGAGGGCGAACCUUGCGAUGAGGGGGGGGCAACGCACACCAAUAGUGGAGAUAGUGCCUUGAGUUCACUGUUCACAAAGUAAGCUCGGUCGUGGUUGGUUGCGGUAUGCUGCAGGUGGGAGUUCAUUUUACGAACCGAACCCUGCCAUACGUUUUGCAUGAUCACGAAACGAGAGGCAUUCGACAGCUUUUGGCGGUUUGCCUUUUAUGAGCAACGUUUUUUUUUCUUAGAAGAUC